ACAUUUUGGACCCGAACCGGAUCUUGGCGGGACAAUCAUGGCCCACUGGGACAACUCACGCUUCUAUUCUUUAGCAACCAGGGUAGGGGACCUUUCCAUUUCCUUCUCUCUUAGCUGAGCUCUACUCAGCAUUCUUCCUUUUGCAAUAUCCCGGUGAAUCUGUUUCUCAAUAUGUCGAAAGCCGGCGCAUUCGAUCUCGCCUCCGGUCUCGGCGGAAAGAUAGAUAAAAGUGAAGUUCUCUCAGCCGUCGAAAAAUAUGAGAAGUAUCAUGUCUUUUAUGGAGGUGCUGAGGAAGAGAGAAAAGCCAACUACACUGACAUGGUUAAUAAAUACUAUGAUCUUGUGACUAGCUUUUAUGAGUUUGGUUGGGGGGAGUCUUUCCAUUUUGCACACAGAUUUACAGGGGAGUCUCUUCGGGAAAGCAUCAAGCGACAUGAGCACUUUCUUGCUUUACAGCUUGGCCUGAAAGCUGGACAUAAGGUACUGGAUGUAGGAUGUGGAAUUGGUGGACCACUGAGAGAAAUUGCUCGAUUCAGCUUGACGUCAGUUACAGGGCUCAACAACAAUGAAUAUCAGAUAGCAAGAGGAAAGCAACUGAACCGCAUUGCAGGAGUGGACAAGACCUGUGAUUUUGUGAAGGCCGACUUCAUGAAAAUGCCAUUUCCUGACUGUAGUUUUGAUGCAGUAUAUGCAAUUGAAGCUACUUGCCAUGCGCCAGAUGCAUAUGGAUGCUACAGUGAGAUUUACAGAGUAUUGAAGCCCGGACAAUUUUUUGCUGCUUAUGAAUGGUGCAUGACUGAUUCUUUUGAUCCCAAUAACCAAGAACAUCAGAAAAUUAAGGCAGAAAUUGAGAUUGGAGAUGGCCUUCCAGACAUUAGAUUAACUGGGCAAUGCAUUGAAGCUCUCAAAAAGGCUGGUUUCGAGGUCAUAUGGUCAAAAGAUCUUGCAGCAAGCUCACCUGUCCCAUGGUACUUGCCCUUGGAUAAAAAUCACUUCUCUCUGAGUAGCUUCCGACUAACAGCCAUUGGCAGAUUUUUCACAAGAAACAUGGUCAAGACCCUAGAAUUUGUGGGACUUGCUCCAAAAGGAAGUCAAAGGGUUCAAGAUUUUCUGGAGAAGGCUGCAGAGGGAUUAGUUGAAGGCGGAAGGAGGGAGAUUUUCACCCCAAUGUUUUUCUUCUUGGCUCAGAAACCACAUUCAGAGAGUCAGUAAGCUGUAAUGCAAACUAAUUAGCCUGCUACUUUACUUUUAAAUCUUCCUAGGCAUCCUUGCAGGGUAGAUCUGUGUCUAAUUUCCAUGAUAAUGAUAGGCAGCUUCUAUGUUAUGCAUUACCCAUUCCAGAAUAGGUUCGUUGUACCUCGUGUUAUCUGCUUGAAAAUUUUUGUCAGAUUUCUGUUCAAAUGUGGUUUCUUAACUAAUCUAAAAUACUAAAAUUUUGCUUCGCUGUAGUCAGCAUUGUUGUCUGUAUGUUCUUCCCAAUCCCGUGAUGUUUAAUACAUUUAUACUCUUAUCUUCUGAGGGCUAUUAUGCUA